UAGCAGGCCGCCGCACCACCACAAGCCGAGCCCGUUAGGCCCAACGGCCCAGUUCCCAGACGCAGGUCGGCCCAUCAGCCCAAGACGCGAACGCAGCGGCGCCAGAAGACGAGCGCGAGCCGUGCCGGCCCGGCCGGAGCCGUCCCCAUGCCGCCGCUGCGGGUGCCGGCGCGGCUGCUGCACGCGCGGGGCAAGACCACUGCGGCGCAGCACGUGGCGGCGCGGCACCUCGACUACGCCUUCGAGCGGCUCGCGGCGGCGCACCUCCCGCUCGUCGCGGCGUCGCCGCUGAUCGACGCGCUGCGGGCCUCGCCCGAGCCGCUCGCGCUCCCGGGCCUGGCACGCCGCCUCCCGCUCCGCCUCCACCGCAGGGGCGCGCUCCACUUCAUCCGCCUCUUCCCGCGAGUCUUCCACCUGCGCGCCCCGCUCCCGCUCUCGCUCUCGCUCACCCCGGCCGCGGCCUCCCUUCUCGCUGUCGCCACCUCGCCCGCCGCCGCGGCACGGACGCUCCAUCGCCUCCUCGCGAUGUCCGGCUCCCGCUCCCUGCCCCUCCGCGCUGUCUUCCGCGUCUGGCGCGAGCUCGCCCUCCCCGACGACUUCGAGGACUCCGUCGUCGCAGGGCAUCCUCACCUCUUCCGCCUCGCCCCCAAUCCCGCCGAGCCCAACACGCACAUCCUACACCUCGUCGUGGAUCCGGCUACCGAGGACUUCCCCCUGGCGGUGGAGAAGACCCGGCCGGACAGGUACGCCUUCAAGCUGCAGUUCCCGCCGGGGUUCAGGCUGACCAAAGAAUACCGGAAGAAAGUGAAGGAGUGGCAGCUGCUGCCGUACGCCGGGCCAUAUGAGGUGGUGAGUCAGAGGGCUGGUGGAAGCAAGAAGGUGUCCAAGCUGGCGAGGAGGAAAAUGGAGAAGAGGGCGGUGGCCAUCGCGCACGAGUUCCUGAGCCUGACCGUGGAAAAGAUGGUGGAGGUGGAGAAGUUCAGCCAGUUCAGGAAGUGGUUUGGGAUCGAGGUCAAUGUCCGGGACGUGUUCUUGGAUCAUCCUGGUAUAUUCUACCUCUCGGCGAAGGGGAAGCGGCACAUGGUGUUCUUGAGGGAGGCGUAUGAUCGUGGGAGGCUUGUUGAGCCAAAUGAUGUGUCUGAGGCUAGGUCCAAGCUCGUUGAGCUGAUGCUGCUGCGCCGCCGUGGGCUUGGGAACGCCAAUUCAAGUGCCAACAUGACUUCAGGUGCCACUGCUGACGCCAGAGAGAGCGAUGACGGUUUAUAUGAGCACGAGGAUUGCUUGUUGGACGAAUCAGAGAAGCAGGAGCAGUAAGGAUGUUGUCGACAUCAUGAAGAAUCCUGUUUAGCACAACAUGUUCAAGGGUGAGGGUGCUUCAGUGCUUGGCACACCUUCGAUGUGGGCGGUGGUGCAAUUCAGAGGCAGGAGGUUUGCGUGCCGGCCAUUACCAGCUGAGAAUGUGGAUAUUUUUUUCAAGGAACAUUGGUCGGUUGUGUGCCAUGGUCAAUACGCUUGUGGGAUGGGUUCAAUAUAGCUCUGGCUGUGCAUUCUUGAAACUUAGAUAUUUGGCAACUGGCUGUGGGUAGGCAAGGAUGAACCGUUGAAGUUUAGUUCCACUUAGUUCUCUGGUGAGAAGAGUUUGUGCUGGCAAAUCAAUCUGCAAAGCUUGCUUAAUGUCAGGUAAUUCUAUAGGAUAUGUUUCUUGAGUUUUCUCUAGUCCCUCACUCUGGUCCUUCGGAGGUAGUCUUUUGGCUAGUGUCUGGUUGGCGGCAUUGCCUGAAUUGAAGAGCAGGCACUCUUCAGCAAUUUGUGCAACUCUGGUCAUUACAAAAGCAUUCUCAGCUUUAUCAGGGACAGCAGGAUAUGCGGAUUAGCGAUGGACAGUUUCAGGGACGCACACUGCCAAUUCAGCUUACCGUGGAUUAUUUUGGGGAUCAGUUCAUCCUGUCAAGUCAGCCCUGAUUUGGAAACAAAGGGUGCCUCUGAAAUUUUUCUGCAGGUUCGCAUUGCAGAACCAGUGCAUGAUGUCCUGAUGAUCGAAUAACCCUAUGCUACCUAAGAUAGAGUUAUGCUUAUGGAGAGACAGUUCAGCGCCUUCUAAUACAAUGCUCAUCUGCAAGAUUGGUGUUGCUGUCUGUUUCUUCAUAGCUAGCAAUUUCGUUGCCGGCAAAUGUACCACCAAAACUCUGUCUUGAAGAUCGGUAGUUACAGUCCCCCUCUUGCUUGGUACAUAGCACGGCUGUUUUCUGAUGUUUACACCACACUACAGUUGUAUUCUUUCCUCCCCUGUAACUAGUGCUUAGUGUUCUCUUAGGAACAAAAUGUGGUUAGAAGAGAAGAAACAUGUGCUUUUGCCAUGUUGUCUGUUGUCACCAUUUUUGAAAUUUGAAACUCUCCUUCAGGUUCUUCCAAUUCUCAGUGUGCCGUCCAAAUAUU